ACGAACUUAAGAAAAUGAAUGUUUUUACCUCUAUCUCUUACCUUAUGGAAGCAGUUUACAAUGGAGACACCACUGCACUCCAAAAGAUAAUAAAAUCUGGAACCAAAGUUAACGUUCUGGAUGAAAAUGGAGAACCUCUGAUAUUUACCCCAAUCGUCAAUGGUGAUAUGGAUACUCUUAAGGUUCUCCUACCCUACUCUGACGUCAACAUGACGAAUGAUGAUUACAAAACAGCUCUUAUGGUUGCUGUUGAAAUGAACGAUAUAGACAUGGUGAAAACAUUAAUCAAAUCAGGUUCAGGCGUAAACAUGAAAGACAACUCUGGAAAAACUCCCUUACUGAUAGCUUUGGAGGACGGCAAUUUCAAAAUUGCAGAAUACUUGAUCAAACACGGAAGUGACGUCAACGUUGUGGAUGACCUUGGUCAAUCUGCUCUCCAUCUUGUGGCAACAGGAGAAAAUAAUGACUGUACUAGAAUUGUCAAAAUACUUUUUAACUGUGGAUACCAGAUGAAGGAUAUAGAUAAUUGGCUCAGCCCUGAAGAUCUUAUGUCCAACCCAAAAUUGAAAACUAAAUAUUUAAAACUGAUCCACAAAGUGAAAGUGUCACUGAGGGCUAUUUCAAAUUGUGACCGUAUAAUUCCAGUGGGAUCCUGAAUACACUAUCCAUGAUAACAAAACAAAUCUGCACCUUUGCAGAUAUUAAGAAAUUCUUCUUUAUAAGAUGAAAUGUCAUGGUAAAGCAGUAUGCGACUGGUAUGAGUUCGGCCGAUUAGGGAGAGAAUUCAGAUUGAGCAUGGGUCAUCCAUGUAUAAAGUGAAGAUUACAAAGGAGUAAUCAAUAACAGAACUUUCAUUUUCCAAGAACAUGUAUGUGUAUGUACUAGUAUCAGAACUAGCAUCAUAAUGUAGUACACAAAAUCCAUGUUAAAGAGCUUGUGAUUUUCUGA